UUUGACUGAUAUUAUAUUAAAUAAUGAGGGAUUGGAGCCACUAGAGGACUAUCCCAAAUCCGGGACACAUCUUAUCAGUUAUCAGUUACUCAAAACACUUGUACUUUGUUUUGAUCACUGUAGCUCUUAAGCCAAGAGAUUAUCUGGGAUAUAUUUUGUCAAUUUAUGUUUGAAGAAUUCCUGUGUCCCAAAGAAACAGCCAUCAUCUAUUCUGUACAACAAAGUCAUUCACCUUCAGUUCUUGACAUCAAUGACUUUUUUGGUGCACGUAGUUAUUCAUUUUACCCUCAACAUAAGAGAUUAUUAGUCUAAUGAUGUAUUUUUUGUUUUGCCACAGUCUGCUGUCUUACCCUUUUACGGCUCUAUCUAGUUUAAUUUAAAUGCUUGGAAGAUUUGUCUGUUGAAAGUAAGGAACCCAAUUGGGAGAGAGGCGCGCAAGCGCUGGUGGGGGGGGGGGGGUUUAGGAAUAUUCUCUGCUAUCCAUGCUGAACAAGCUAUGUUGGUUCGUAUUUUCCUCACAAUAUAUUGUUUUUUUUUUUUUUUUUUUUUUUUUUUUCAGUUGAUCAGUAUACAAUCUGCUGUCCUAUGCUACAGAAACAUCUGCAUAUAUGCACGCGUGGGAAUGUUGAUGCGCUUUGUCAUCAAGAAAUGAUGUCAUCCCUUGAAUGACUCUCUACAAGGUAUACAUUCCUUGGACGCAAAGUAAAAAUAUAAGCAAGACAGCACGAUGUAGUAUACUGAGUAUGAAAGCAAUCCUACUGCUUGAUUGGAAGCCCACCAAGGAGUUCAAUUUCACUUCCCCAUGUUGUGGAUUAUUGACAACCAUGAACAUACCUCUAUGUGGCUUUUACUAAUUUGUCAGUUCCUCAAACAUGCGAAGGAAUUCUACGUUAAGUAGAGAGGAUGUCCUCAUAUUUCCUAAUGUAGGCGGCAGGUGAGUCUCCUAUCAUACCUUAUGCAUUUAUAUAUAAAUUUUGUUUUUGUUUUAUUUUUAUUAGUAUGGUUAGAAUCUUCAAAAUAAAUCAUUUGUACGUGAGAGUUGUCAUGGCAUGGAUCAGGUAGUACCUUCUGGUCAAACAUAGACAUUUAAUAAAGGCUUUACAUAGAAUGAGCAAGAAGCAGGUUAACGACAGGUGGGAGAGUCAGGCAUGAGGAAUGAAACGUGCGCGAAUGUUAUAAAAUAAUGGAAGAAAAUCCACAUAGGAAAUUGUAUUGUAUUUGGAAUCUUUCUUCAAGGGAAUCAUAUGUGAAUGUUGCAUGAUUGAUUAGUCAAUUGGAAUAUGUGAAAAUUCGAAGAAGAUAAUAUUUGGACAAUUAGAGAGUAAAAUUUGCGGCUAAAUCUGGAGGCUCUGUCAAUCUGGUUGCCAAUAUAUGAAUAUGGACUUGACCUCUUAAAUGAUCUUUGACUGUAACUCUGAUGAUAUGUGUUGCAACAAAAUUAUGGAUUUCUUUUCUGUUAUAUAUAAAUGAAGAUUUUGUGUAAAUUUCAUAUCUCGUAGUAUUUGGAUUAAUCAAUUCAAAUAUGCAGAUUCAGAAUAAUUUUUUGCUCUUAUGUUUGACAAAUAAUCUGUUUCUUUGUGAUUAGAAAACUUACCUUGAUUUAAAAUUAAUUUAAAUAUUCAUAAAUUAAGAUUCUAACUCAACUUGAAGCUAUUGCUUUCAAUGCUUCUGUUGUGUUUCCCAUGAGUCAAAGUGAUUGUUUGACAGUAGUUGAUAGUUAAUGAAAUAUUGAGCCUCUCUAAUGAUGUGUACCACCAUUAUCUAGCUAGAUAUGGUCGUAAGCGAGUAAUCUUGGUAGGACAGAGACUAGGAUGGUUGUAGUUCAGUGGCUACAAGGAAAUAAGCCGUUUUUUGUCAAACAUUUCAGUCUCUGAUUAUCAGGAGUUUGUUAGGACCAGCUUCAGCCCUCAUCAUUUAGGCCAUAUUAAAUAAAAUUCUUCUACAUAAAGAACCUUUUGAGAAAGUAUAAGCAAAUUAAUAUAUAAUGAGUCAAAUGAAGAUUGAUCACUUAAAAUGUUAUGGUCAAAUUUGAUUAGUAUAAUGUUUAUUAUCCUUGCUGAACAAGUUCAGAAUUAUCUCAAGCUUAGUAUUCCAUCUCUUUAUUUCUGGCAUUCAUGGUUUUCCACGACUACUACCGUACUACGUGCUGAAAAUAAAUGUUAUAUCAUUCUGGAUGUUUUAAUAUGCACUUUAAUAGGGUUGGUCAAAAUGGGAUAUUUGAAUUUUCUUAGAAGCUGAUAAGCAUAUCGCCUAAAUUAUGCUGAACUCUUCUGCUAAAGAUCUGGAGGAUCUGAAAAAUUAAUAAUAUAAGAGUUAAUCAGGAUUCAUGGCCACUAUUAUACCAAAUGCUUAUUAAAUAAUUCAGAUUGUUUAUCUAUUAUGCUUAUCAAAACACUUUUCAAGUUUUCAGACAUAGCCGUUUAUUUGCACCUGCUGAAGUUAUCCUCUUCAAAUAUAGGGGUCAAAUAUGUUUUCUAUGAGUUGCCAAAAAAUAAUGUGGUUUGACAUCUCUAAUAGGCGCACAACUACCUGGCUGCUGAGGGCAACUAAAUUAGUUCAGCUUAACAAUAGAAUAACUGUUGAGUAUGGGUUUUUACCUAGGAAGUAGAAUUAGAAUGACUGAUUAGAAUUUAUACAAUAUUAAAUUUAUAAGUGAUGCCAUAGUCAUUUGUGCACUCGUAUAGUCCUAUACAUUGGUAGAGGGUAAGAUGCCACUACUAGAUUUUUUUUGUUCUGUGUUUUACAUUAUGGUUGUUGAAAGGUAAAUAAUUGUGCCACAUAAGGUGUUUAUAGGUUGCACCGGAUAUAUUCUGAUGGUCAAUGAUGUUAUCUCACCAGCUUGAUGUCAAAUUAUCAAGUAUAUAUAGCUUGUUUCUUGGCAUUCUUAUUUUCACUUAUUCUAUGGUCCCUCUUAUGUGCUCUUCAUCUAUUAAUUUCUGAAAAGCCGUUUAACAAUAUCAACUUUUUUAGACGAAUAACUUGACAAAAACAUCGUUUAACUAUAAAUCUUUGAAGGAUUUUUCUGAAAUAAUGUGACAAAUACCUGUGUUUCUUAGGACUGUGAUAUAUUAUGUUUAAUAAUUUUAAAUUUUAUAAUUUGAAAUUUUGUUUCCAUGGGUUAAUGUUAUCUUGUAGAAUAUGCUUCCCACGUGAGAUAUUGACUUGGUGAUGGGGUGGAUGUCAUGAUAUUUUACCAAGUCUUUUUAGAUGACUUUCCACUUUCCAUGCCUUAAUUUUGUUUGAGUGGAAGGCAAGCUCUAGAAAUGAAACGUGGAAUAUAUUUUUGGGUGCAAAACUAACUAAAAUUUAUUAAAUACCUCUAUAAAAGAACUCAUCCCUCAGCAUUUAGGCCAAACUUGAAAACCUUUUAAGCCUCUUUUUUUUUUUUUUUUUCCCUCUGCUUUUGCAUUAAUCUUCAAAACCUUCUAACUGCUUUAUUUUGGUACUUGGUGAUUCAAUGGAGGAUUCUAUGAGCUCCACAAACCACAAGAAUAAAUCUAAUUUUUCUGGUGAUGGACUUGAGGUUUCUUCGGAAGACAGCGGUUGGUCUUCAUACUUCGACAACUCCAUAGCUAGCAGUAAUGUGGAGGAUACUGUCACCUGUUCUGGUUCUGAAAACUCUUCCAUAUUUUCUGGUGCUGCUGUUUUGGUAAAAAAGAUGAACAUGAAUAAUGAUGAUCAUGUUGCGUCAGCUAGGUCUGUUGCUAAAAGGAGAAAGAUGCUGACAACUUAUAUUGAUCCUGACCUGGAGGACACUGCAAUAUCUCCUGUUUGUAAUUCUGAGACUCAAGACUUGGAACAAUUGCAAAUAAAAUUACAAGAGACAGGUGGUUUGAACAUUUUACCACCAGUGCAACAAGGGAAGCAUGACUUUUUUAGCCUUUUUCAGGAAAAACAAAAUACCUCUAACCAGACUGGAGAAGUACCACACUCGGGUUAUAUUGGGAAAGAUAUCAGCUAUGCAGGUCUAAAGGAAAAGGGACUCUGUUUGGUUCCAGUAUCUUUGUUAUUUCGAGUUAGGUAAACAAAGACAUGGAAGAUUGGACAUUUUACUUCUGAUAAUUCAACAGGAUAUGGAAAAGGACGAUGAUCUUAUACAACAUUGCUAUCAGGUCACACUAUAUUGGGAAGGAAAUGGUAUUGCUAUAUUUCCUUCAUGGAUCUCAAGGAUGCAAAUAAGCUUCCCUACAAAAAGUCUAUCUCGAAGAGCUUCUCAAAUAGUCUUUGGCUAGAAGCAGGAGGCUGCGUACAUCUGGGCCUUCCCUGACCCUGCCUCACUGGUAUAUAUAUGAGUUUUUGAUCUAGUUGUUCUUGUAGUUGAGCAUAAUUACAUGAACUGAAAAUUACUGAAGUAUCAGCUCUUGAUAGAAUAGUGGUUCAAUUUGGUCAGCCGGCAUGAAUGAAUGAAUAGCUAUGUCUUAUACCCUUCUUUUGAGAUUGAAGGGGACUUGGAGGCCAAAAUCACUGGAGUGUCAGCUUAUGUGGCAUAUGUUCAGAGUCUGGGUUUAUGCCUUUAUGCUAUAAAAGAUCAUUUAUGCUUUGUAGACCUGUGGUCAUAAGCUGAUAGGUACUGUGCUUAGUAUAAUAACAUCAGUACCAAUCCUGCUGCUGCCAACGCCAAGGAACAAGGGCAUAUGCUUUGGCAGAUUCUGUAUUACUGGAGUAGAAUUGCUGCUUCUGCUAUCAUCCUCAAAAGGGUUUUACAAACACCUUUUUUUACCCCCCAUGUGUAGUAGUCAUGUCCACAGUUGCCUCCUCUUGCUAAGUUUGUGGCGAACAACCUUCCUCUUUUAUGAGAUCAGCUACCCUAUUAUAUGUUUUAUCCCAUAUGAAGGUUUGCAUGUAUUAAUGAAUACCUAUUACCUGUUGAAGACGUGAAUACAGACUCCUUAAUCGUAAAUGUGAAUAAGUUUAGUGCUGGAGCCCAGAGGUGGCUGCUGUAGUGCUGUGGAACUUGAAUCGUUUGUGUUAUUAAAAAUAAGCCUAUAUCCCUGAUUUUGACUUCUUCAGAUAUUGUAUCAAAAUUUUUUUUUUCUUAUUUAAAUGUAUCCUUAAAUGUAUUUAGCUCAGGACUUUUAUUUAUUAUCUGUUACACAGAUCAAUUUUUUUUUUCUUAUUUAAUUAAAUGUAUUCCCAUGAUGUAUAAACUAUUGUAAGGCACAUUUUUUGAUAAUUAAUGCAAAGGUACUGUAUGGCUGCAUUAUUGUAUUCCUAAUUUAUGGUUUUCCUGGCUUGGCUGUGUUAUUGAUGCAUGUUUAGUUUGUAAAUUUAUUUACUUAUAUUGUUAUAACAAAGCACACUAUCUGCUACUGAUAGAGGCGAAAUGUUUAUCUGAGCAUCUUCAGAGCGUUUGGU